AUGGCGUCGCCCGCUGUGAAGAUCCAGAACAUUCUGAAGCAUGUGGACUUGGGGUCAGACCACUAUGCUCCAGUGAUAAGCGAGCCAAGGCUAGAAGCUGCCUGUCCCUCCGCGCUUCCAGUUGACCCAGCUGAUCGCGUCCGACGGCUUCUGGUUGUCACAAACAGCUCUUCGGACCAGGUAAGGGCCCUCCACAAGAGCUUGGUGAAGGUUGUGCAUCCUGAUAACUUCUUUACUGAGGAUGACAAGCAAGCUACACGAGCCAUCCAAGCUGUGAAUGCUGCUUGGGAGGUGCUUCGGGAUCCAGCCAAGAAGACUGCCUAUAACCAGAAGAUCGUUGCAGCUGCUAUGGAUGCAGAAGCUACUAGCCGGAAAAAAUCAGCGUUUUCUCAACUAGCACAGAGACAGAAGGCGAAUGCUUCAGCGGCAGCAGCCAGAAGGAAAACCACGGUGAAGCAGCCAAAACCUUGCACUGAUGCUUCGAAGGGCAAUCCGAAAGAGGCUCAGAAGGAGAAGGGGACUGGUGGGAAGCCAGGCUCAAAGGCAGCGAGUUCAUCCAGCAGCAAAGAGCCAGCAAAAGCAGCCAGUGCAUCCAGCAAAGACCCGUCAGACAACUGGGUCUACUGCAAGUUCGUGAAGCAGAAGGCUGCAGUAGUUUGCAAGUCCCUGCUGACAAAGCAGCUCCAGAGGAAGUUUGAGCACAAAGCUUGGGCUGGGGAGGCCAACGCUAUCGCUGUGGCCAUGCAGUUCCAAACUGCCUGCGAGAAGAUGAUUACUACGGUGCUUGGCUUGAACAAGUUGGAGCAACUCAAGGUGUUCUGUGCCGACCAAUGCAUUGAAGUGCCAAAUGGAGUACGUCUGACCAAAGGGCUUCUUCAGGACACCCUUGAAGAGGCAAGUGUUGACCAACAAGCUCUUUACGCAGGCACGAGCAAACCGUUUGAGCAGAAGAUCAGGGCUGCCUAUCAAGCUUGUGUUGGGGCAGAUCCUGCAGCUGAUUCCAAGUCGCCUACUCAUGGCAUCCAGCUUUGCAAAACCACCGGGAAAUACAUGGCAACCUUUUUCGUGGGCAAGUCGUUCGGCUCCAUCACCAAGAUCUUCCUUCAUGAAGAGGAUGCGCAGUUCUGGUUCGAUUCUGUCAAUUCUUUGUACAACAAAGGCAGAUUGGCUGGCAACGUUCAAGCACUUCGACAAGCCGAAGCAACGAGGAAGGCAACAGCUGAUGCCAUCAGCAAGAUUUUGGCGCAAAACAUCAGCGUGGAACCCGAGACAAGGGAUGCCUACAAGAGAAAGUCCGAGGAUGGUGAGGACAUUUUCGGCAAGAUCUUCAAGAAAUCGAAGGGAGCAGAGAUUCCUCUCAGCAAAGUUCGUCUCUUUAGGACAACCCUUGACCAGCUGCAAGAUCUUGCGCUCAAGGGCAACGUUGAGGGAGUGUUGCUGGGGAGCCGGCACCCAACCCUAUCCUGGCGCCCUACAACUUGCAUUGUCUUUCAGAAUGGUUUCGACAAGGACAGCGCUGACGCUUUCAUGGUGGAAGCAGGCUUGACAAAGCUAGGGAUCAUCUCGAAUGGUGGCUCGAAGGACCCUACGGAAGCUACGUUUGCAAAGCUCCAGGAGGUGGCCUCAACUUCAGAGUGUAAAUUCCCUUUGCUUUUGCACUUCACUGGGGAAGAGUACCAAGCUACUUUUCGAGCCUUUGAAGCCGAUUUCGAAAAAAAGACUGCUCAUGAAGUCUCCAUUGAUUUCAUUGCUCGCCGGGUCAACGGUGAGGAUGUGAAAGUUUUGGGUUCUCGCGUGGUGGAAUCCAAAGCAUCAACCUCAAGGAGGGAGGCGGCCAAGCCCAUCAAGUACAAGGUCCAUGCCAUACCGCCAGAUGGGCGGUGCUUCUGGUAUUCCUGGGCUGCAGCGUCAUCUCCAGAGGACUGGUUCGGCGUGGAGCGCAGCAAGUUGGGCUAUGCUUUAGCUCGCGUUCGGCUCAAGAUUGAGGAGAACAUCGGCGAGUCCCUUUUGCAGGAAGUCAUGGGCAAGAUGAUCUCUGCUGCUGCUACAGAUGAAGAGACAUGUUUGCUGAAGGAAGUGCUGGAGUCCAAACAAAUGACCUUCGAAGUUGCCCAUCUUGUGGGGUUGUCCUUCGGAUGUCGCUUUCGCAUCACCACCGCCAAGAAUGCCCAGAAACACUUCGGGGAACAGUACAGCUCAGAUGCCUUUUAUGGAAAACCUGAUGGACCCAUUGCUGGUCACUUUCUGUUCAAGUUCUUGGGUGGGGACUGCGGCCACUUUGACCUUCUUCUUGAAGAUGAGCACAAGCUUCGAGGCAGCAUCGAGCUUCCUGCACACGAGCAUGUGGAUCACUGCAUGGAGAGGCCGAGAUUUGCUGAUAGCAUCGAAAGCAUCAUUGGCAAGAAUGGCAACGAUCUCUCCUCCUCUCCUUUCAGUCAACAUGAUUUGAAAUCUUUCUCUUUGAGGUUCGAUGAGCUCAAUGAGGUGCAUGAGGAGCCUGAUGAGACGCCUGGUCAAACACCGGCCAAAAGCACACCGGGUGCUAAAAAGAAGCCUGGCUCCAAGAACCUCCUCAACUGGUUUAGUGUGUCUGGUGCACAAAUGGCUUUUGAGAUAUGCAAGCAGGGUGCUCAGACCAAUUUGCAGACUGAAGUUGGCACCAGCACUUCGGCGAAACCAGAGGCUCAGACCAAUUUGCAGACUCAAGUUGGCACCAACACUCCGGCGACACCAAAGGCGCAGACCAAUUUGCAGACUGAAGUUGGCACCAACAUCAGUGUAGACCCCACCGAAACCGCCAACAUGGACCAGAAGGUGGAGACCAAAGUUGACACCAACAAGACAGUGGAGACCGAAGCCACCAACAUGGAUCAGAAGGUGGAUACCGAAGUUGACACCAACCAGGAGGCUGAAAUGGGCAACACAGCCUAUGACUGUACGGAUCUUUUUGGUGAUGACAAUGGUGAGCCUCACGUCCCAGCCAUCAAGGAAAAUUCCAACUUGGUGAAGGCCGACAUUGAAUCCUUGAUCGAUGUGAAGCAGUUGGUAUGCGUGGCCCCACCCUGGUGCCGACUUUUAGCAUCCGGGGAAAAGACCUGGGAGCUGAGAAGUUACCAAACCAAAACCCGUUUCCGGGUUGCAUCAUGA